GCUUUGUUUACCAAUUGACAUUGUAAGAUCACUAAUCAUUCUGACCUCCAAACAGACAAAAAGUUCAGUCGGGUAUCCGAAGGAGAGAAGAAAUGACGUUGUCUUUUGCUUCGUUGACUGUUUUGGUCGCCAUGGUGGCCCUCACCUUGGGCCAACAAGAAGGUCUCUUCAUCACGAGUAUCGAGGUGAAAACCGCCGAUGGGUUUUACUCGAGCAUGACUUUGGGCUUCAUCGAUAUUGAAAUCAUCAACAAGGACGUCGAAAUCUGUCGCAUCAGCCACCUGAACAGUGAUGAGAACGACUUCACCCAGAAUCAAAUCAACGAGUUCGACGGCAGUGACUUGGAGGAAUGCAGGGAUUUUCCUCUUCCUGGUAAUGAGAUCGCUUUACUUCGAUUGAUCCAUAGUGGACCUGAUGCUUGGACACCCGAGUGGGUUCGUGUCUACAAUAACAACGGAACCUUCUUGGAAUGUCCCGAUGGU